ACACAACGACUGUUUAUCAUAGACAAUUUAUUUUCCAGCGUUAAGUCAACAUAUAAUAGCAAACUUACAACAAUUAUUUAACAUUUUUAAAGCCAUGAAGAAGGGACAGAGCGCGGAGCGGCCGGGGAGAGCGGCAGAGCGGGAGGCAGACGCACGGUGGGCUCCCCGGGAGGGCCCUUGCCGCGCUGGGCGCAGUCCCUAAGCCGCUCCGGUCGCCUCCGUCGCGGGGAGCGCAACGCCGGUUCCCGCCCGCCAUGAGCCACCUCUUCGGUCCCCGGCUGCCUGCCUUGGCCGCGUCGCCCAUGCUCUAUCUGUACGGCCCCGAGAGACCCGGGCUGCCUCUGGCCUUCGCCCCGGCGGCCGCUCUGGCCGCCUCGGGCCGGGCGGAGCCCCCCCAGAAGCCGCCCUACAGCUACAUCGCGCUCAUAGCCAUGGCAAUCCAGGACGCGCCCGAGCAGAGGGUCACACUCAACGGCAUCUACCAGUUCAUCAUGGACCGAUUUCCCUUCUACCACGACAACCGGCAGGGCUGGCAGAACAGCAUCCGCCACAACCUCUCGCUCAACGACUGCUUCGUCAAGGUGCCCCGCGAGAAAGGGCGGCCGGGCAAGGGCAGCUACUGGACCCUGGACCCUCGCUGCCUGGAUAUGUUCGAGAAUGGCAACUACCGGCGCCGGAAGAGGAAGCCCAAGCCGGGCCCCGGGGCCCCGGAGGCCAAGCGGGCCCGUGCCGAGACUCACAAGCGCGGCGUAGAUGCGCAGCGGGAGGCGGGGAGCGGAGAAGGGCGCCCGGGCCCCGCGACCCCCAGCCACGAGGGAGCGCCCUCGCGCCUCUGGCCCCUCCGGGAAGUCUCUUCCACGCCGGCGCCCUUCCUCUGGCCCGGGCCAGCGUCCCCAGAGGAGGACGUGGGCGACGCUGUCCAGGGCGCUGGGGCCGUGGCCGUGGGCCAGCCAGCGCGCCCAGGAUCCCCUCCGCGCCCUGCCUCGCGCAGCUCUCCGAAGAGCUCCGACAAAUCCAAGAGCUUCAGCAUAGACAGUAUUCUGGCAGGACGGCAGGGCCAGAAGCCGGCUGGAGGGGCCGAGCUCCUGAGGGGCGCCAAACAGGGGCCCGGCGGCUGUCUGGGCACCUCGCUUAUGGCCACCUCUACUAGCUUCCGUCCCCCUUUCAACGCUUCCCUCAUGCUCGACCCGCACGUCCAGGGCGGUUUUUACCAGCUCGGGAUCCCUUUCUUCUCCUACUUUCCUCUGCAGCUUCCCGACACCGUGCUUCACUUCCAGUAAAGCAAACUGGCUCCGUUCUUUCCCCUGCCUUGGUUAGAGCUUCUUGUGAGCCACCAAGGCUCCCACCGCUGGGGGAAGGAGACACUUUUUUAAAAAAUGAUCUUUUCCUCGGCUGAGGUGUGGAUCCUGGGAAGUGUUUCCAACUUCUGCGCGCAGGGGGGCAUGCUUGCCUGCCUCCUCCAAGGGGACCUCCCCAGAACCAGGAUGAGCGUCAGAGUUCAAAGACCCUGCCCCACUGGGACUUGGGCAUCUCAGAUCUCCUACGGUGGGUGCAGGAGAAUUCUUUGACCUUAGGUCAAUCUAAUGGCGGGAUCUUCCGCCACCCACCACAGAUCCUGCGUGUCUAGGGCAUCUGAGGGCCCAGAUAACCCAAGGGCAGGACAGACAGGCCAGUGUGGUUGUUUCCAUCUGAAAGCCACCGUCUGACCAUUGCCAGCUGGAUUGUCGCUGUGACUCAGGCUUUGGCUUUGAACCGUCUGGGUGAUGGGUGCUCACAGCUGGGUUUGUUUUUCCUGAAGUCCAGUUGUGGGGACGCCGGGGUGGGGUCUGUGUGACCCCUGGUUUUCAGGUUCUUUGGCAGAUCUGGGGCCUGGUGAGGAUUUACGACCCAUGUCCAGGUGGAAGAUGAGAAACUACAUUUUUAUUUUCAAUAGAGAAUUUUUUUUGUCUUUUUUUUCCCCUUUCUAGACAGUAAAAGGAACAUGCUCUGUUCUUUGCAUAAAUACUUGAUUCUUUUUACUAUAACGAUUGCCCGGUGAAAAUGUUUAUAUUAACAAUUUCUGUUAAGAAAGCGCACUCUUUAUAAUAUAGCAUUGUGUUACAUGGUAGCUCAUUAGUCAAUACACGUCUUCUCCAACGCAUGUUACCAACAAUAGCAGUCAUCCUGUCUUUUUGCUUUUGAUUUUAAGGGAUCAAAGAUUUCAGGGAAGACCAGAAGUGUGUGAAGGGGUGGGAACAACAUAAGAUUUUCAAUUUCCAUGUGUUGCUUUUUUUCCCCCCAAGAUCUAGGUUUGAUUGUUGCUACAUUUUCCAGAAUUGUGUAGUGAAGGACUACUAUUCAUCAAAAAAGAUGGGUGAAACAAACACAUGAAAACCAGGUAGAGGGAGAGAUGGGUUAGUGCUGGGAAAAAUAAGGGAAUAUGCUGGUGUCUGCUGGAGGCUCUCUGGUCCCCAAAGAACGUGGGGCAUGGUGGGAGGAUUCUUUCAGACAUUCCCAGUCUGUGAACCCCCUCCUCCCUCCAACCUCUCCAUCAAGCAGACCCAGAGCCUGCAGCUGAAUAAACCCCUUAUGAAGGUGACUAGAAGUCUGGUGGGAGGGACGGGCCUCAUGGGAGGGGUCUGCAACAAAGAUCUGAUUAAGAAAAUCGAGAUUCUCACAAUCCCAUUCAGCUUGGAACUUCUGGGACAUGCAUCUAACCUCUCUUUGGAUUGUCUUAGGGGUCCUGAAACUUGAUUUCCUGAACCUCCAAGUUACUUUAAUUGUAUCUGAUGUGGGAAAGGCACAAUAAGUCAUGAGUUCUUGGAGGUGGGCUGAAAGAGGUCUUUAAAAUAACUUUUUAAUAGUUUUCAAGACUGAUACAAAAACAAACACAAAUUUUACGUCAAGAGAGCCUUUUGGUGAAUAUGUUGGAUACGCAUAAGAAUUGAAUAAGUAGUAGGCACAGAGUUGACUUUCUGAGAAUUCAUCCGU